GUGCCUUCGACAGUUCUGUGAAUUACUGCAGCCGCCGUCUUCAAUUUGGCCGCCCUCUGGCAAAUUUUCAGUUAGUGCAGGAGCGACUAAUGAGAGCACUCGGAAUUGCACAUUUGGGGCGUCGGUUGGACAGCGGAUUUUUAUCGCCUGCUUUGAUUUCGCUGAUCAAAGGCACGACGUCGCUGUGGAGCCGCGAGGCUAUCAAAUUGUGCAGAGAGGCUAUGGGCGGCAACGGCAUCCUGCUGGGGCUUCAAACAGCUAAAGCACUCGCAGAUAUCGAGGCGCUGUACACAUAUGAAGGGACAUACGACAUCAAUAUGUUGAUUGCCGGACGCGCAGUUACGGGUUUGAGUGCUUUUAAAUGA